UGAAUGAUACUCCGUAAUAAAGAUGAGUCCCUCUCUCUCGUAUCCUCCUCCCUCUUGUAUGUACAAGAUAAGCAGAACUGUUGAUGGUAUCAGAUCAGCACUCGAUCCUGCUAUAAUUCUUAGCUUCAAAGGGCUGGUCAAGUCUCUUUUGAAUCAGUGAUUACUAAUGAGGGAUCAGCUCUUGCAACUCGUGCUCCAUCUGGAAUAUCUCAGAGAGGAAAUGGCCAAAGAAACCGGCCUGUUGGAGAAUUUAUGGGAAACCAUAUCAGUGUAAAUGUAGCAAUCAACUAAUGACAUCCAGGAGGCUAGGUUUUUAGCAAGGAACAGAUACAAGCUCUUCGAUCAGAAUAUAUAUGUUGCAAAUCACACCCCAUGAAUGGAGACAAAGGGAUUGCAGUUGUUGCCCAACAAAGUGGAGUCUCAUCUGCAUUUGUAACAAGCUAAGUACAUCGGGUGAAAAGCCGGCCUUGGGUUGUUGAUUGUGGUGCUACUGAUCACACUACUGCGGAUAGGAAUAUACUUGCUGAAUUCCAACCAGUACCGAAUGAUUUAUUGUUGAGUGUUCAAUUCCUUUUCCUAAUUAUACCCCUCUUUCCAAGCACCCUAAUUUAAUUAUAUUUAUCAAUUGAUUUUUCUUUUGUCAGACAUCUUCCGUCUCCGUCACACCUUUUUCUCUUUUCUUUCUCCUGCCUUCUCCCAUCUCCUCCCGUUUCUCCUCUGGCACUCACUCAUCCAUUUAAUCAUCUCGAGACUUCUCUGUCGGACUGUCGGACUGUCGGUGGAUUACAAAGGUUUGAGCAGUGAAUUUCUCCGUCGAACUCCAGCUAUCAACGUACAACAGGGCAAACACAGGUAAGUUUGAUUUCCUCCUCAUAUCAUCCUCCUCCUCCUCUUCUUUACCUUCUUCUCCAUUAUUUUUUUUCUCCUUUGCCCAGCUGCACCUUUUGGAGCGUAAACCUUCUUGCUUUCAUUACAACCAAAUUUUGAUUUGUUUUUUAAGUGAAUGUUCUUUUCCCUUUCGAGAUAUGAAUUUCUCAAGCUUCAAUCUUCCUUUUCUUUUAUUUGGUCUUUCAAUUUUUCUCACCUUUUAUUCCUUUGACUCUUUAUUUUAUCUUUCUAUUUUUUUUGCCAUUUCAAAAAUGGCAAAAUUAUUUUAAAAAUGCCACGUUUUCAAUAUGUUUGGCAAAUAUUGUCAUUUUACAUUUAUGAAGUGUUUUUCAAUAUGUUUGGCAAAUAUGUCAUUUUACAUUUAUGAAGUCGACAUUAAUUUCGUAAAGACGCACAAUUAAGUGGCGGGCCAGCAUCGGUACAAUUGUCAUAUCCAAGAAUAUAAAACUGAAAUCUAUGUUAUAGGUUCCCAAUCUCGAUUUCAAUUUGUUAAACUAAGGGAAAAGGGGCAAAUAAGGUCAUGUACUAACCAAAAAAGGUCAAAUAAGGCCUUAUUUAUGAGGCUCUGUCCGGCCUUCGCCAUUUGGGGUGGUUCUCAGUGGAAUUUUUUGAUAAAUUUUUUUUGACCAUCUUAUUCAUUAAGUCUAGUUUACUCAUACCAAAUUUCAGAUAAAAAUAUAAUCGAGAAGGCAUUCAAAUGAAUUCUUGAAGAUAAUUGCGCUUCUAACUGCGCAAUUAUCUUCAAGAAUUCAUUUGAAUAGCUUCCCUAUUGAAGUUUUAGCUUAAAUUUGGUAUGAGUAAACUAGACUUACUGAAUAAGAUGCUCAAAAAAUUUCAUCAAAAAAUUCCACCGAGAACGAACCCAAAUGGCGAAGGCCGGACAGAGCCUCAUAAAUAAGGCCUUAUUUGACCUUUUUUUGUUAGUACGUGGCCUUAUUUGCUCCUUUUCCCUUAAACUAAUGAGUGAUCUAAAUUGCAUUACUAUCUUAACCCCAUCUGCAUGCAUGUUUCGGGCCUUGAGUUCGAUCAGGGAAGAUGAUUGGGAGCUGAGCAUUCAGGAUAACGUCUAGUUUCAUCAUUAUUUCAUGUUUUAGUAAAAAUAAUGUGAUGUUAUGACAUCAUAGGUUUGGUCAUUCAAAUUUUCAUUACUUAAAAAAGUUGUUUCCUCAUUUAUUGAAUAAAAUCCGAAUGAUUACAAUUGUCAAGUGUGUUAUUAUUUAUCCAAGCAUGUUACACAUUCUUAUACUCCGGCCACUCCCGUAUAAAUCCUCUCAUCCAUUAUUUCUGAUGGACAAAUCUGAAAUUGGGUCAAUUUUCCAGCAUUUUCAUCAGAUGAGAAACAAAAAUUCAAGUUCUCAAAUUUGAUAAUGCAAGGAAUACUUUCACUCUGAGUUGGGCAACUAUAUUGAAGAUAAUAGUGAUGAAACGGUUAUCGACGCAAGAGGGGGGUGAAUUGUGUUUGUGUGAAACCGUGAAAGUUUUUCACACAGUUCUAGUGUGAGUGUAGGGAAAUGAGAAAUAGUAAGUCCACAAAGAAUUAAGGAGGAAAAAUCCUUUGGCACACAGGGAUUAAAAAACCUCGACCUCCCUCGGAGGAAUUUUGAACAACUUCACUAAAUAGCCUUUUUGUGGUUACAAGGUAAAUUCUCCUAAUCUACCCUUAAGCCACCCCAAUUCUAUCCUCUCUAGGAAGAGUUAUGCUUCUCUACCUUGCGGGUAGAGAUCCUCUCAGCUUUACAACAAAGCUCUCACACACACGAUCCCAAACCGAGGAUGCUACCCUUAGCUUUUCCUCGAAACCAAGUUACAAGAUAAAGACGGGAAAAUAAACUCUAUCUAGAACUUCGUGUGUAGGUUCAGGUGUCUUGAACUUGAUAACUCCCUGCAAGUCUUUCUCCGUUUUGAUCACUCUAUCAAGCACACUUUUCUUUCUCUUGAUCCUUCGAAUAUAUAUAGGCUGCUGGAAGGUAUCCGUUGUUCCUCCUUUCCUUAGAUGAUUGGUAGACUUGCCUUAAUAUUUUUGAAUCACCUUCCUUCUAUGUGGACUUGAUCAUUCUGACUUCAUUGCUUGUGAUCACAAUGUAUUGUAAUAUAGAAUAAAAGGAAGUCAACCAUGCAAUCGGUCCAUAUCAUAUAUAUGGUAAUGGAUAUUCAUUUAGAGCAAUAGUCAAUCAGAAUCAUGGACAAUAAAAUAUUCAUAGAUAAAUAUGCUGCAACCAAUUUUGCUAAGUGGAUCGGUCAACUAUAAUAGAAAAAGGCAAGUUAUUUAUACGAUCCCUGUAAUGAGGCUAUUAAUGCGAAUGCUUAGUCAUGCAUGUAAAAUGUGCCACGUAUAUAGUCUAAUUCAUGCAGGCAUAUAUCCAUUUAUUUAUCAAGUACGACAAUAGUUCACAACUAAGUUCAUUCCUAGUAGAACGGGUAGUAGUUCUAUUCAAGGGUCCACCUGCAUGGUUAGUUACAUAAUGAAUUAUUUGUCCUUUUCUGUUUAAGGUUAGUCAUAAACAAAACUAAAUAGUCAACAAAUUCCCCCCUUUUGUUGAUGACAAACCUUAGGUGCCGAAAGAGUUCCUGCAGAUUAGCAUUUGAGCAGUAGUAGCAGUUCAAGUGCAGAAAAAGGAGGCACCUGAUUAUUUUCCCCUUUUGGCAUCAACCAAAAGGAAACGGAAAAUAACCAAAACAAUGCCGAGGAGUAGUGCAAAACAAACAAGUGUUAAAGUGUUUAGAAUGUCUAGUAACAUAUUAGCCCACGCAACCCAAAGUUAAUUAGGAAAAGUGUUUUUCAAUCAUCAUCGAAGGAGUAAAUGAUUCUUCUAUGAGUUGCACCAGGAUCCCAAACUUCUCAGCCACGUUCUGUUUGAAGGAUUAGAAAUCAUUUCGAAUGAUGUUGGUGCAAUCCGCCAGUGUAUCCACCUUUUUUGCCAAGGCAGAGAUGGUGUCUGAAAGUGAAGCAAAUUGGUGUUGAAUAUGGCGCUCCAGAAGAUCUAUACGAUCAGUGAUUGGGGGUACAACCACCAUUGGGUCGAUGGAAGGAACUGGAGUAGGUAUUGGUUUGGGUUUUUGUUCUGAGGACGAGGGAGCAGGCAAUUUAGGAAGCGGGUGAGAGUUUGAGAUAACUAGCCCAAAGUUGCUAAGGAACCUUUUGUCCAGAAUUUUACAUGCUUCUUCAGAAGAGAACUUAUCUAGACCAAUGUCCUUUGAUAGAAAUAUUUUGGUAAACAGCGGGGCAUAUGGAAUUCAAAUCCUCCGGGAUGAAGUACUAAUGAUAAAACUGAGAUGGGCCAUCAUUAAACCGAGAAGAUUAAUAGGAACUUUGUUGGCUAAGAGGUACAUGUAGGCUAGUUCAACUCUAGAGGGUGUGAACCUACCUUCUAGCCUAGGGACCAAGUUGUGAUGAACAAAAUAAAACAUCAAUUUAGGAAUUGGAGCUAGGCUGGCGACAUGGAGAGAGGACUCGGAAAUGGUUGGGUCAAAAUAUUCAAGUGCAACUGUUUGAUAAGUAUCAGUUAGGGGCCAUUCAGUUUUGUUAUAUUGGCAUAUACCAGUGCAGGGAACACCUAAGAUUUGACCCGAAUGAGUGACAUUCAACAGAAUUUUGGUACCUUGCACUCUAGAGGAUAAUGCAUUAUCUUUGAUAAAAAGAUUUCCCAUGAAUUCUGAGACUAGUUCGGGAUACAUAGAGGAACAAUUUUUGGAAUCAAACAGGGUAUCCCAAUUUUGAAACAAAAUAAGCUCAAUGAAAUCAGAGGUCUUUCGAGUCAAAUCAUCAGAAGAAAUGGAAAGUACCUUGACCAUCCCUCGGGAGAGGUACUCUUCCUUUAGUCGUGCGGCAUCUUCAUCGAUAACUCUCCCCAUUUUAGGGUAUUUCUUGGUUGAUUCUCCUCCUGGGAUGAUGCCUUCGGCAAUGGCUCUUUUCCGGGUGUACUUCUGAGGCAGAGCUUUUCCGUCGCGAGUGGGUGGUUUAUUCUUACGUGGCUUAACUGGAGAGGAAGUGGGAGAGGAUGGUGGAUUCGCUUCUUGUUCCCCCUGAGAAGAUGCGGGGGACGGUGGUUGUACGUGAACUGGAUGAUUCGAAAUGAUGGUUUUGCAUGUUGGAAGGAGGAGUAGAUUCAAGGUCAACCGGAGUGGGUGAGGAUGGUUGUGGUGGUUGUGAGUUCCGUUUCCGACCAGAGUGUCGAAGUGCAGUGGGAGGAGCACUACCCCUGGUUUUAACCAUGGUGGUUAGGAAAGAGAUGAAGAAAAUAGUUAUGGAAGGUGGAUGGUUUUGGAAGUGAGCGGUCUUAUAGGUACUCGAAAACCGAGUGGAGAUCUUUUUACUCUUCCCAAAGAUCCUUAAUGAUUUCUUGCCAAGGAAUAAUUUCAAAUUAUUUUCCUAAUUGAGGAAGUGGGCGGUUGUUUAGCUGUUACUUACCAAAAACGUUUUUACAGCUUUUUUUAUAAUUUGUUAAUUUUGGAAGUUCAAAGAUCUGUUACGUUCAUAAAGCAACUUACCUCUUUUAAAAUAUUGAGUUAAAAUGGUUCCCCCUAAGUUAUAAAGAAAGAAAGCACUUAAAAUUUAUGAUAAAAAAACUUAACAAAUUAAAAGAGGAGCAUAAAUUUAAGCAUUGAUUAGCCCAAGUUCAAGUCGAAUUAAUUCAAACCUUUCUCUUCCUAGAGGCUUUGUAAAGAUGUCGACAAUUUGCUUGUCAGUAUUGCAAUAUUCCACAUUGAUUAGCCCCUUUUCCACGCAAUCUCUCAGAAAAUAAUGACAUAUAUGGUUAUGUUUUGUCCGAGAAUGUAUGACCGGAUCUUUUGAGAUGCUAAUUGCACUAGUAUUGUCACAUAGAAUUGGCGUGCAAUUUAAAGUAAUUCUGUAGUCGCUUACUUGUUGCAUGAUCCAUAGUGAUUGGGAACAGCAUGAUGCGGCUGCUACGUAUUCAGCUUCGGCCGUUGAGAGAGCAACUGAAUUUUGUUUCUUAGAACUCCAAGAAACCAAGCAAGGACCUAGGAAGUGAGCCGUUCCUGAUGUGCUUUUCCUAUUUAGUAAAUCACCUGCAAAAUCAGAGUCUGAAUAUGCAAUAAGAUUAAAAUCCUCAUUACGUGGAUACCAUAAGCAUAGAUUCAUAGUCCUUUUGAGGUAUUUGAGGAUCCUCUUGACUGCUUUGAGAUGUGACUCCUUAGGAUUAGCCUGGAACCGAGCACAUAGACCUACACUAAAAACAAUGUCAGGUCUACUGGCAGUUAGGUAUAGUAGGGACCCGAUCAUUCUUUGGUACAUCUUUUGGUCUAUGCUUGUUCCCUUUUCAUCUCCAUACUUCUUGAGUAGUUCCUUAAGAUACUUUUAUUGAUAUAUUUGGGUUCCUUUGCUUGCUUAUUUGUUUGAUUUGUAGACCAAGGAAAAAAUUUAGUUCUCCCGUCAUACUCAUUUCGAACUCGGAGCUCAUAAGAGAAGAAAAUUCAUCACAAAGAGAAUCAUUAGUAGCACCAAAUAUAAUAUCAUCAACAUAAAUUUGAACGACCAAAAGGGCUUGAUUCUUUAUUUUUAGAAAAAGAGUUUUAUCUAUUUUUCCUCUUUCAAAAUCAUUUUCCAAAAGGAAUUUAGACAGUCGUUCAUAUCAAGCACGAGGUGUUUGUUUGAGACCAUAAAGUGCUUUAUCUAAUUUAAAAACGUGAUUAAGAAAAUCUGGAUUUGCUCGCUCGGGAAAUGAUAUAUAUAUCUAAGAUUAAGAGCAUAUAAUGAGCAGUUAAACCAUGUGAUUGUGAAGAUGGUACAGAGAUUGCAAUCUUGCGCAGUUUGGAGUGAGCGAAAGAAGCGUAUUGCUAGGCUACUAUUUAGCCAUGGCGAGCAUCUUUGAGCCACAAAAGUCAAAGGAGAGACUGGCAUGGGCAAACACAUCUGCUCUCAUGGAGGCUAUUGGUUCCAAGUUUGGGACAGGAAAGACAGAGAUUUGCCAAGACCAGGAAAAGGCUUUCCUUCAUGAAUUCAUGAGCAACAAUGGAAGUAGGCACCCGACAAGAAAUAAGACUCUUGUCGUGGAGCUGCUAGAGACCUUAAACCAGCUCUCUAUAGAUGCACUCCAGGCACAUGGUGGAGAUAUCCAUCAGUACCUACGCCUAGCUUGGGGGGAAUGGCUGCUAAAUUGGGAAAAGAAGGGUGCGGUGCAAGGAGAAGCGAAACUCGUAGUGUUAACGUUGAAUAUGUUCAACGGACCUCGGGUGUCGGAGGAGUUAUUGUUGUCACAUCCCAAGUAUGAUCAGCAGAUGGAGAUCACCAAUAGCAUUUCCCACCAACUCUGUCUCUAUCGCCAAUGCAAGAGUCAACCACAGAAAAGGGCACUCGAGAAAAUGACUGCAGAGAUAGAAUUCGACAUGCAAUACCUAGUCAAAAUGGUGCUGACAAAAGACUCCGAUGAAGAGCUCAUCCAUGAUGUGAAGCAAACUUUUCUCAUUGUAGCAAAAGCGUUUUACUAUGCUGCCUAUUGUAAUCCGGAAACUAUCGAUUUCCACAUAACCAAAGUGCUCUUUGAGAGAUUACACUGAUGAUUACACAAAGUCACAGCUUUUGACUUGGCCUUUCACAAAAUAAUUGUGGUCGGGUUAAAUCAGUUCAACUAUAUCGUAUUGAUAUAGUUACAGGAAUGAAGAAAUGUGUAAAAUGAUAUACACUAUCAAAUAAUAAGUGGGAAAUAUGAGUCACAUAUAUAGAGGCCAAUUACUUCAAU